AUGAAACACAUAGCCCAUAUACUCGACUUGUCAAAUAACAACUUCGCAAAGUUUCCAGCUGAGCUCGAACGUUUCUCUAAAGUGGAAUACUUGGAUCUGUCUGGAAAUCAUUUAAGCAGCCCGUUGCCAGCAUAUAUGCCUAAUUUAAAAGAUCUAAAAACACUGAAUUUAUCAAAUAACAACUAUGACGUUUGGGUGGCAACCAAACAAAGCUACACGAUAACAAUACUAGAUUUAUCUAAGAACAAAAUCAAUAAAAUCGACGUCGGCGCUUUCAGUGAAUUCCCUCGCUUGUACUUUCUUAAUUUGUUCGAAAACAGAAUCUAUGAUCUUCCAUCGAAUACAUUUUCGGAAACGAAAAACUUGGAGACCCUCAUUUUGUCCAGAAAUUACUUUUCCGCCGUGCCAAAUUUCCAAUCGCCAUCUUUGACGAGCCUUCACUUAAGCAACUGUCAAAUAACAAAUUUAACGAUUGACUCAUUGCUCGGUAUGAAUUCAUUGCUGUUCAUCGACCUGUCUAUGAACCAGAUUGAAAACAUUCCUGAUUAUUUUGCGUCGCAUACACUGCAAGAAUUAGACUUAAGUUACAAUGGUAUAACGUCACUCACUGACAGUACUUUCUUAUCAUUGCCGCAUUUAGCGGUGUUGGAUUUGAGAGGAAACGACUUCAAAGAAGUAUGGUCGACUUCACACUUCGCCUCAAACGAAUUUUUGAGGGAAAUUCACGUGAAAGGAAACCGAUGGAGCUGUGAAGGUUUUAGUGUAAAUCUGCUGCUUAUGUAUGAAUUCUUAACAAGAGAACCGCCAAAAACUAAAGACAUAUCAUCUCUAAUUUGUUACUCUCCUUCAAAUGUAACUCAAAUGACUUGGCGACAGGCAUAUAUAAGAACUUGGCAUCCUGAUGACUCUUCUGGGGAAUCCUAUACAGCGAUAGCGGUGAUGAUUGGUAUUGUUAUAGGCAUUAUUCUAACUUCGUUUGUGUGUCGGGGACUGAUAGCUGCGAAUAGAGUAGACACUUCGACGAUGUCGAGUCCAGAGACAACAGUUUUGAAUCUCAAUGGCACAACUCAGCCCGCCGAUCCCGUGGUGAUACGUAUUCCUUUACAGGAAGACCUACCCCCGACUUACGACGAGGCUCUGCUUAUGCCCCGGCUGGAUACAUCAUUCCAUUCUUUACCCGAUUUUGUGGAUGAAGAUAGAAAUGAUAGGCGACGUUACCGUAGGUCUCGAUCUAUUGGUGAUCUCACAGAAUAUAGACCUAGAACCAUUGAUAGACGCUCUAUAAGACGUACAAUUCAAAUACAUAACGAUACCUUAAGUCUAUGUAGUGAUGAACAGGGUGACGUGAUGAUCUUUAAAGGUGCGGCGAGUAUUCUGAUUCUAUUCACCCUGAUUGAAAAAGGGGAGACGUAUAAUUUUGAAGAUGAAUAUUCAGAGAGUCUCUGCAAUCUUUGCCACUGCAGCGAAGACAACACAAAUGUGGACUGUUCACGCAGAGGUCUUACAGAGAUUCCAAAUGGUAUUGAUGGAAAGGUGAAAUAUCUAAAUAUUUCAAAUAAUGAAUUCUCUAAGUUUCCCGUGAAUUUAACAGUACUUGAUAAUUUGAUUACAUUGGACAUCAGUGGAAAUCUGCUUAGUGAAAUAUCUGAAAAUGCCCUUAGAAAUGUGACUAAACUGCAAAUACUUGAUUUGUCAAGUAACCAAUUUGAAUCGUGGUCCAAACUAAACCCGAACUAUCUUCUUCGAGAAACACCGAACCUAAAAAUAUUGGAUUUAUCUCAUAAUAAAUUUAAAGCAAUGGAUAAUUUAAAGAACCAUGAACUUCUUAUAAGUCAGUCUUUGGAAGUUUUGAUUUUGAACAAUUGUGAAAUAAACUCUAUAUAUGGAAGAUCAUUUAUAAGCGGACUUACGAAUUUACAAGAAUUACAAUUAAAUUCAAAUCCUUUAUUGAGAUUUCUUGACUUGGUUUCACCGUCUUUGAGGAAACUCUAUAUUAGUAACACUCAACUUACUUCAACAGAAUAUACGGAAUUCAGUUAUUUAUCUUCACUAGUCUACCUACAGUUGUCACAUAACUACCGGUUGAAAUUAUCAUCAACUAGAUUACUUUCUGAUACAGUUAAAUUCCUAGAUAUCUCUUAUUGUAAUUUACUAAAGCCCAAUAUACAGGGAUUUCCAAAUUUAAAAAAAGCUAUAAUUAGUCACAAUACGAUCAGAUAUUUAGUAAGUAACGAAUUUGUUAAUAAUACAAAGUUAGAACAUUUAGAUUUGUCUUAUAAUAAUAUUGGAUCUCUAAGAUCAGACACUUUUCGUGGGCUAGUUUUAUUAAACAAUUUAGAUUUAUCUUGGAAUGAAAUAGGCAUAUUACCUGAAAAUUGUUUACAAGAACUGCCAUCAUUGAGUCGUAUUAGCCUAUCUAGAAAUUAUCUUACACAUAUUGGUCACUUAAAAUCUGAUUCACUUACAGAUUUAGAUGUAAGUUCGUGUGAAAUUAGUGCUAUAGGAAAGGACUCAUUAGAAGGUUUACAGUCUCUCCUUUAUUUGGAUUUGUCUCACAAUGUCAUUUCGCACAUUCCUGACAGUAUUUCUUCUAACACCCUUAAACAUUUGAAUUUGAAUGUCAAUAGAAUAAGUUUUAUAAAUAAUUUCACAUUUUUUAUGCUUCCACGACUAACGACUUUAUCAGUGAUUGGUAAUAGAUUUACGAUUAUAUGGAAAAGGUCUUAUUUUCAAUCAAAUCCGUAUUUGGAAAGACUUGAAGUAAGCGAUAAUAUGUGGCGAUGUGAUUGCAAAGACGAUAAUAUGUAUGACUUUUUUGAAUUUCUAACACUAGAACCAUACGGAAAAGAAGAUUCAUACAAUCUUAUAUGUAACAGUCCCUUGAAUGUAAUUGGGCAAACAUGGUUAGAAGCUUGUUACUUUACAUGGUAUCCAGCCGAAAAGGCGCCUAAUCCAGAUGGUUUGAUUUGGUUUUUAGUUGUAAUGAUUAUAGGUUUAGCAUCCUGCAUUGCAAUAGUGAAUUGCAUUAGAAAUUCUAUGAAACGACGUUUAGCAACAGUACAAGCAGAAAGGGAAAGACAAGCAGAAGAAAUGAGAGACAGAUUAAGACAACAAAGAAUACGUGCAGAACAAGAAGAAUUGUGUAAUACUCCCGAUCCUAGGGAUUUAAUACCACCUCCCUCAUACGAUGAAGCUCUUACAAUGCCUAAGUUGAGCUCUUCUUGCCAUUCAUUAUGUGAGACAGGUACAGGUAAAACAAAACGGAGAAGAGGGCGAAGAAAAACCAAGUCAAGUGGAGAUUUAUUAGACGAGACAGAAAGAAAUGGUGAUUUGCCUGUACAUAAUGAAUUAGAACUUACCGAGUUAGGUGACGAUAACGAUAGACAAAGACGAAGAAGAAGACAACGGAGGUGUAGUCAGGAAAUCAAUGAACUUGAGCAUUCACCUGGCGUUCGUCGAAGGCGUAUGUCAGAAUAUGGUAUAGUCGAUAACAGCAUUGAUAUUGAAGUUGAGGCUGAAUUGACACAACCUUUACGUGAAAGAACAAGGAGACACUCUGGUGAUAAUACUGAAUUAAGAGAAAGUGACUUAUAGUGACUUUAUAAACAAACUGAAAAUAUUGUGUGCAUUUCUUUGUGUAAACGCACAUAACAAUUUUAGUUGGAUAUACUUUAAUUAUUCGUUACCUAUUAGAUAUAGUAUUAUUCUAUUGUUGAUUAUUUUUGUAAUUGAUCAAUAGACUAUUAAGCAUAUAAAUAAUAAAACUAUACUGAUUUAAGUAUUUUAUAAGUUCUGUAAAUGAUAUGUAUUUAUUUAUUGUAGAAGUAAAAGGUCAUGAACAAUGACGUCAAGAAAAGUAUGAACUUCUGAUUAUUAGUACAAUAUAAAAUGACUAACUUUGUACACCAUCAUCUUGACCCCAGCAUGAGUUUGGGUCAACUAUUAAAUCGUUUCUGAUUCACAAGACUGACUUCUGAACUUCUAAGUCAAAAGUUUAGGUAAAUAUUCUCUCAUCAAUAGUUGACACAAGUAUUCUUUGAGAAGCCAGAUUGGAUAUAUUUUCAAUAACUGCCAUUGUCCCAUAGACCCACACCGAUUUGUAGUUUUAGCCCUUUACGCAUAAAAAUAAACCCUCCCAUUAAUUUUAUUUACAGCUUCGAAUUUUACAGAAAUCUAAUCAGCGUAAACAAUCAUUUCUCCAAUAGUUAAUAUAACUUUCAAUUGGUUUAUAUUUUUAAAUUUACUUUAGUUUUUAAUAUACAAUAUGACAAAUAUCUAUACAGUAAGUGUUCAUGGACAGAUUUGAUGAUGAAUUUCUAUUGUAGUUACAGUAGAUCCACCCACCGUUUUUGAAUUUGUUAGAUCGGUCUCAACGAGUACCUACCAUUAUUAUGGUUUGAUGAUGGAGCCAUCACAAGAUUUGUGGUAUAGUACAUCAUAUAAUUUGUAGA